ACAACGGGCUAGUGGACACAGACCCAAGCCGACUUGGAACCAUGACAGCCAUCAACUCGGGUCCAGUUGGUGAAGUGGGUGGAGUAAGACUACCUUUACAAUCGCUGCAUGGAUACGGUUCUGUGUUCAUGUAUUCAGCAUCAACUAGUCCUGGUGGUGGUGGUCAAAAUGGUCAGGGUAAUGGUGGUAAUGGUGAAGUGACACUACGUCUUCGUGAACCUGAAGAUAUACCAGAAGAAGUAUUGGCACGUCUUGAGGACACAGCUACCCUCUCAAUAUCACUUCAAGGAGAUGCCGUAUUGAGACUCAGUUCAGCAAGUGCUGGUAAGAAAAACAAAAAAAAUACAUCAACUAUUUUAAAUAAUCUUAUCUUUAUUUUAUUUUUUAUAUUUUCUUUUUCACUUAUCAACUAUUGACAUUUUUCAUCAUCCCCAUCCAUUCUGACUUAUACCCUUGUUUUUUCUAUAUUUUUUUUUUUUUGUUAAACUCACGCCUGGUUUAAUCGUCUGGCACAACACCCAAAAACUUAAACAGAAUAUUCAGAUGUUUUGUCAUUGACUUUCUAGAUGUAUACGAGAAAAGUAUAGAUAGAAAGAAAAACAAUAUGAGAGAGAGAGAGUAAAACAUUUGGGAUAAACCCAAGUCCAAGACUUGAUGUUUGUAUAUUCUCACGAAUCGAAAUGUCUGCUUUAAAUAUAUGUAUAUAUAUUUAGUAAAUGUGUUAGUGAAUAACAUGUCUUGUUGAGGGGGUGAUAGAAUAUAGUAUACAAGGGUUAUAUUCAAGAGUAGAGAUAGUAGAUGAGUAAAGAAGAGAAAAGUAAAUUUGGAAAGGGGUAAAACCAGGACCAACCGAGCGAAUCCUUCCGGGCGAUUUGUCAAUCCCAGUGAAACUGCUUGUCUAGUGGCUUUGCAUGACGUAGCAGAACGAUAAUAAAUCCGGGAUUUUCAUAAGUUUGGCGCUUGAAAAUGCUUUGGUGUUCCUUGGACCGCCUGUGGCUGUCGUGAACUCGAGGAUAUUAUGGCGUACAAAUGCCUUCUUCAUGGAUAAUAUAAAUUUAUAUUUUUUUUUUAUUCCUCCCAUUCCCAACGCCUUUCUUUUUUUAUUCUCGCUAUUUUCUGGAAUUUUUUUUUUAAUGGUAGUUUACUAUUAUCGCUAGUGUUUUCGUGUUUUUGGCUUGUGACUGGUUUUUUCCAUCCAUUAACAACAACAACAGCAUCAUCAACAACAACAACAACAACAACAAAUUCAUUAUGGUUAGAUAAACCAAAAUAAUCGGGAGCAUAUAUUAUUUAGUGUCUAUAUUUUUAUCCACAUGUUGAACAACAUGAUCAAUAAAAAAUUUAAUUAAUCUCUUUCGAAAUUAUUUAGAACAUAAAUUAUUUUAAUUAUUAUUUUUUCAUUUGGUUUUUUUUUUAUUUAUUAAUUAAUAAAGAGAAAAACUAAUAUAUUGAUUUUUCUUUUUAAUUAAAAAAAAUUUAAUAAUCUGUGAUUUAAAUUUAUUCAUGUAAAUUUUUUUUCGAGUAUAAUAUUUUUAAUAAUAAAUUCAUGUAUUGAUUGAUGGAAUAUUUUAAUUGGUCAAUGAUAUUUAAUAUAUUUCGAAGUUUAAUAAUUUUUUUUUUUUUAAUUCCGUUAAUAAUGAAUAUUGCAUCGUUUUGAUGAACUUUAUAAAUGAAAUAUUUAACUUGAUUUAUGUAUAUUUUUUAUAAUUAUUAUAACGCUAGGUUCAUUCAAUAUGUAAAUGUAAAUUCCUCUUUUGUAUUUUAUUUAUUAUUUUGAAAAUAUGUAUGAUCAUUAUCGAAGCUCGUUAUCGAAAUAUUUCAAUCAAAAGCAAAAUUUUGUUGGAGUUUUAAUCCUCGGGCGGUUUUGUUAAUAUUUACAAAAAUCUACAAUAUUUAUGUUCGAAAUGAAUUCAGCGAGUUGAUGAACAAAAUAAAACUAAAAUAAAUAAAAAAAAAAAAAAUGUAAAACAUAAUUAACAUUAGCUCUUCCAGUUAUUUAUCAGUGUUGUAUAUUUUUUUUUUAAAUAAUUUCCGGGUUAAAAUAAAGUUGAAUUUCGCAUUGUUAAAUUUCUCAUGAAAACAAAAAAUCCUCAAAUGGCAUGGUAAAUCUUUUUAAGAAUAGCAAUUACCGUAAUACCACCUCAAGAAGUCAAAGAAAGGAAAAAAAUAAAA